AUGGAUCUUGAAGAUGAUGAUAAUGAUAAUACCAAAGGUUGUAAUAUUAUCAAAGGUGGUAAUGAUACUAAAGGUGUUGAUGAAUCGAAUGAUGACGAUGAUAAGAAAUUCGAAGGAUCCAGUUCCAACACAGGAUCCUCUGAUGAACAAAUUGCAGAUCCUUUUUCUAUUUUGGAACUCCGAGAUAGUGUUGAUAAAUUUAAUUCCAUAGUUGGCACUGUCAAUGCCAAAGUUGGAUCACUUGUCUCCAAAAUCGAUUUAGUGAUAAAAUCCCUUUCCAAGAUCAAGGUUGUUGUUCCCUAUGAACUUGAUAGAGCCAACCAACUAGAUCAACUCAUCUCUCUUCGACUAAAACAUACAUUGGAAGAAGAUGAGCAGAGAGACAAAGUCAAUAUAAAUCACCACAUCUCCACCACGUCUACAAUGCUUAAUAUUAACGACGUUCUGAUUUUUGCUACCAAUGAACUCAUCAAGUAUACUCAUAUUCAUCAUGAAAAACAAAUUCAAAGAUUGGAGUAG